GAUCUGUCUUUAGAAUCGUCGUUGAUUGUCGUCUCUUUUUGAUCAUGCAAACAUAGGGACGAAUCGAUGCCCGCAUGAUCUUGGCGGAACUGGAGCUGCAUUCUCUUGGUUAUGAACCUCUUAAAAACGUGUGGCACGUAUCGGCGAUUUCCUAUGACAAGAGUGUUCUCCAGGAAAUGCACGCCGCCAUGCGUUCCUGCAAUUUCCUGUUACAGCGCGCUAUGAGCCGCCGUCCACCACUCGCAAAGCGUGCCAAGGACCUGGUGAUGAUCGGCAAGGCGUUCAGAGUUGUUACAAAGGAGAUCGAGAAUGGAUUUGUGCAGUCCGUGAGUGUCCUGACAGCCAUCGAGGGGCUCAAAGCCUUGGCGAUGAUGUUCCUAGGGCCUUACAUUGGGUUUCUCAAGCCAAUUCCCAAUCGCGAGUUCCCCUUCAAGCCCCCAGAAGACAGCGGGGAGAGGCUCUACUUCCGCAUGCUCAUGGACUACUAUCACACCGUCUUCGACUGCGUUCGCACAGAGAUCCUUGGGUUGUUUUCUAUGGAUGGCCAUGAGGACAACUUCAAAGACCUCUGAUUAGGCACCUACCUUACCUUGUCAUCAACUUUCGUUCCGUAAGACUUGACCGAUCAUGGUCUUUGCCUGUAAUAAUUCAGAAAAUGCACUGUUUCAGACCUUUCUAAUUGCUAUAAUCUGUCAUCAGAGAUGCUUUAA